AUGAAGAACGACCCUGCAGAGGUCAACAUUGAACAACUGGUAGACGAAACGCUGGAGCGGGUAGGUCUCACCCACGUUGCUGAUCAGCAAGCUGGUACCAUCUACCGACGCGGUCUCUCCGGCGGCCAAAAGCGUCGCUGCUCCGUCGGCAUUGAACUUGUGUCCCGCCCCAAGCUCAUGUGUUUGGAUGAGCCCACCUCGGGCCUUGAUUCAUCAUCUGCCAUCGAGCUGAUUGGCACCAUCCGCCAGCUGGUCGAUUCGUCAAAGGGCGACAUGGGCGUCAUUCUGUCCAUUCACCAGCCCAGUCCUGAGCUCUUGGCCUUUUUCGAUGAUGUCUUGAUCCUGGCCGAUCAAGGUUGCGCCUACUUUGGCCCCGUGGACGGGGCCGUCCGCUACUUUGACGACCUGGGCUAUACCCUUCCGGAAGGCAUCACAGCCACCGACUUUGUCCUGCAGAUUCUGGACAAGGAGAGCGGGGCCGCUGCUGCCAACUGGACCGAAGAAAUCAACUUUGCUGCAAGCUAUGCUGACACAAAACGCAACAAAUACAUCUCCAAGAUUCCCGAUAUGCAAAUGCAAGGCGCCAUCCUCUCAACCGGCAUUAUCAAAAACACUUUGCUCGAAGCUACCUGGAUUAUGCAAUACUGGAUGCUUUUGAAGCGAUUCUUCUUGAUUGCUCGGCGCGAUCUGUCCCUGUAUUAUAUGCAGAUUAUCCUGCAAGCUGUGUACGGUUUUUUGACUGGUGCAUCCUUUUACCAGCUUAGCGCGACCAUUGAUGGUCGUAUCAAUGAUGUUUUCUCUGGCCUAAUCUGGGUUCUGGGCACAGCCGGUUUCAUUCAUGCUUGCAAGGUGUUCUAUUGGACGGACAUGCUGCGAGUCUUCCGGCAUGAGCGAGGCAAUGGCACCUACCGUGUGCUGCCUUACUUUCUGGCCGAGUUGACCUGUACUCUCAUCAUGUUUAUUCCCUUCUGGAUUGGGCCCAUCAUUGGCUUUUUCAUGGUGGAUCUGCCGGCUGAACGCUUCGGCUUUUUCCUUCUCUUGACGUAUUUCCUCAACUUUACAGCCGAAGCCACGGGUCACAGCAUAGUCCAGAUCACGGGUACCAAUGCGACUAUCGGCACCAUGAUUUACCAGGGCUUUUUGGCCAUCAUGUUUCCAUUUGCGGCUGGAGUCUUCAUUCGCGACGGCGAGGUUCCCGACUGGUGGUCCUGGCUUCCUCCUCUCUCGUUGUUUCAGCACGCCACGGGUGCCAUGGUGACGGACCUCUGGCCAUCCAUCACCUAUACCUGUGGUUCGACUUUGACGCCAGAGGGAAGCUGUGUAUACAGUGGCGUGACGUUUCCCUGCGAUCGUGGAUUCAAUGCCACCGAGGGUAGCUGUUUUGUUUCUGGAAAAACGACCUAUGAGUUGUACAAAGACAUUGAUGGCAAGCCUUACGAAGAGUUGGGCUACCUCAUCCUCAUCGGUUGUGUCCAUCGGCUCUUUGUGCUGGCCACCUACUACAUCUCGGUACCGCGCAUGGCUGCUGGUGUGCACAACUUUUUCCGCUCAAAGCUGCGUUCCCGUGUCAUCGAGCUCUCCUACGACAAUCUACAACUGCGGACAAUUGUUAAUGCUUUGCGCCAGCGCCUGGACUUGGAUUCGGUAACGGAAUCUCCUGCUGCUGAGGAGCCAAUCCCGCACAACCUGCCACUGACACGCGAGGACAGCCACAGUCCACACGAUGGCAAUUCUGGGCUGAUUUUCCAUGAUGUUAGUGUCACACUGCCUUCCGGCAAGUGCCUGCUCCAACCCAUGAGUGGCUUUGCACGUCGCGGACGCGUGACCGCUCUGAUGGGUCCCUCGGGAGCCGGCAAAACGACGCUGUUGAAUGCACUUUGCGGCCGAGCACCCUACGCCAAUGUGGAUGGUAUUGUAACCUAUGAAGACUUUUUGUUUGACAAGUCUCUGCUCGACUACGUUCCCCAAUUCGAUACCAUUCCAAGUGUCUUUUCCCCGGCAGAGCUGCUGAUGCUGACGGCUCGCCUCAAGACCAAGGAAGACGACGCCAACAUUGCACGCCAUGUGGCAGAGCUGCUGGAGAUUGUGGGCCUUUCUCGCUAUGCUCGCACUCAUUGCGGCAAGCUCACUGGUGGCCAGCUCAAGCGCGUCUCCAUUGCACUGGGUCUGAUUUCCCGGCCCCGUGUCCUCUUCCUUGACGAGCCUACCACGGGCCUCGACUCAGCCGCGGCCUUCAGCAUCAUCCAUUACAUCAACCGCGUCGCCAAGCGCCUGAACGUGGUCGUUAUCUGCACCAUCCAUCAGCCUGCCCAACCCGUUUUUGAGCUGAUCGACGACUUGAUUCUUCUUGCGCCUGGAGGUGAAUUGGCCUUUUUUGGUCCAGUCAGCCGGGCCAAGAGUUUCUUCCAGGACCUGGGUGCCCCCGUGCCCGAGAGCGACAAUCCUGCUGAUGUAUAUCUGAAUCUUGUGAGCCAACCCGCGGCUGCCAUUCUGCCAGGGCACUCGGAUGGUGUCACGUGGUCCAGCGUCUUUGCUACAAACAAGCACGCCACCGCUGUGCCAGCAUUGGGAAAUGCUUCGCCAGCGCGCAAGGCAGACGUGCCCACGGAAAUGACUCGUUUUGGCCUGCUACUGAAGCAUUACCUGACCUUUUAUUGGCGUGACCGCUCUGUGUAUCUCUACCGUGCCGUGGCCUACAUUGUGCUGGCUUUGUUUUUGGGCACCUUGUUCUUGCGCCUUGACCACACCACGGCACGCAUCCCAGAAAUUUCUGGAGCAGCGUUUUUUGCUAUCUACAUGAUCAUGUUUGUGACUGUAUCGAGCGUGGCCACCCAUACCUCGGACCGUUUUGUCAUGGCUCAUGCCUAUGCAAGCAAUCAGUACAAACUUAAGACCUGGACCUUGGCUCAGUUUCUCGGCGCUCUGCCCUACACGGUCUUGGGUGCUGUGGCCUUUCAAGUCGUCUUUCAUUGGCUAGGUGGCCUGAAUGAUUCCUUCGACGCAUUCAUCUAUCAAGUCUUAGCCAAUGUUGUGCUUCAAUGGGUGAUGGAGGCCAUUGCAUGGUCUGCCAUUGAAACAUUUCAAAAUGCCAUGAUGGCCGUGACCAUGACCCUGGUUCAGGUGGCUUCCCUCUUUCUCUACUCUGGAUUUUUUAUUCGGCCUGAGGACAUGGCACCGGGCGUGGCCUGGAUUACAUGGCUGAUGCCCACGCGCUACAUGCUCCGAGGCGUGUUUGUGAACUACUUUGAUGGGCAAGACUUUUACGAUCCACCCACGGGCAUGACGGUAUCAGGCGAGUCAAUUUUGCAGUCUGUCUUUGACAUUGACGUGGAUGAGAACAACCGCUGGGUCAUGUGGGUCAUCACCUUGGCUUGGGUGGUUCUCCUGCGCCUUGGCCAUUACGGCUCGAUGGUCCACCAUCUCAAGCACCUCGGCGCAGCCAUCGGCAAUCCGACCACUGCCCGGACUGCAGACAGCAAAGCCGUCAGUUCUCAGCGCACCAACGAUGUUGCGUUGGAGAGCGUGCAGUCACAUGCCACUGUGCCCGCUUCGUCCAUCCUCACGACGACCGUUCCUCCCUCGCAAAGCAUUGCGGUCACCCCCGCCCAGCAUCCGCCGGUCACUUUUAGUACCGAUAUGGUAUAGCCAACUCCACUUGUAGAAUCCACAUUGACAUUGUCCUUUUAUUUCCCUUUCUUCUCUUGUUUCUCGGAGUUGUUGAGUUCUGCUCGGAGAACGUCCCCCAGACCGCCCAAUCCAAGAUCCGAUCUAUCCUG